AUGUCGGCGGCUUUGGAGGCGGCUCAGCUGACGGCAAAGGAGGCUCUGGAGGCGAUCCAGGUGGCCUUCGAGGAGUCCGAGCGGACCAGGGCUUCCGAGAUCGGGGCUGCCGUUCAGGAGGCGAUUCAGGGCUACCGUCGGUCUACCGAGUUUUCUGCCUUGCUGGACAAGGAGGUAGGCUCGGAAAUGGCGGAACUCGUCUACCGUUUCAAGCGGUACAACCCCGGGAAGAAGCUCAACCUCAACUUUAUUGCUGAUCCCCCCCCCUUCCUGAAGGCAUAA